AUGGGUACCAAAACUAGGGCUUUUUUUUUCAAGAACGUCACGGGGACUUUCAUUCUCUCAUAUCUCACAUCCUUCGUCUCUGCCCUAACCCAUCACCACUGCCCCCAACACCCACCGUCUCUUUUGGCCUCACACAGUGGCGGCACACCGGCCCUAUCGACGAACGCUUCAUCCACCACCAUGUUGCACUGCCCAAUGCCUGUGUCGGUCCUGAAGCAUCACACAUGGCGGAAUCGAAUCCAAAUCUGCCUAGACUACUUUGGGUGCCAAUCGUUUUAUGUAACAUUGAAGUUGAUGGAGAAAUUUAAAACCAUAGAGGAUGCUAGCGAUAGGGAAGGAAGAGGGAUUACACAGUAUUAUUCCCUUCAAAUGAGGACAUGCACGAAAUCCCACAUGAUAAUCAAAGACAGGGCCAUAAACCGAGUAGAUAAAUUUUCCACUUCAAUUAUGCUUUCAUCUCUCUGGCAUAUAACUAAGAUCCCUCUAGCUGUUUGUAAAAGAAUGCACUUGCACCUGAUAAACUGGUCAGUUCUCAUCGUGAUUACUCCCAAUAGAGCUAAAAGUAUGGAACAAAGCUUCGUUUCGGAUCCAAAGGGCGCCAAAUUAAGAUGCCUGGUAGUUUUAGCAGCUCGGAACUCUACUGCAGUUGUCUUCUUGGGGACAUUUUGUGCAAUUGGGAUAAUGACUAUCAUAUUUGUUGUUCUUGGGCGAACUUUUCACUAUAUAGAUGAAAUCCUGCCCUUCAGGAGUUCUGCUAAAUUGAAGAGAGUCAUGCAAACAAUUCUUUCAUUAGGAAAUGCAUUGAAUCAAGGGACUGCAAGAGGGUCUGCGAUUGGGUUCAGGUUGGAUAGCCUAUUGAAACUUACAAACACACAGGAUGAAGAGGUGGAUGAUUUUCGAAACUCAAGGCUGAAGAAGGAGAAAAAGAUUAAACGGUGUAUGCAAUAA